AUGCCAGGCAGGAACAUACAAAAGUCCUGCCAAAGCCUCACCGAGAUGUCGUGCUACCUACAGCAGUGCCUCCCUCCAGUCCGCCAGGAGCCCAUCCACAUCCCGUGGCCCCCGAUGUACGCUGCCAGACACCCACCAAUGCCUACCUGGCACUCGACGCUGUGCACCCCACAGUAUGUGACCCCCUGCCCACCCCGGCAGCAGAUCAUGUCCUCCAGCUUCUCCCAACAGCGGUGUGUGACCAAGUGCGUGCCGCAGCAGCAGUGUGCAACCAAGUGCGUGCCGCAGCAGCAGUGUGUGACCCAGCACAUCCUACAGCAGCCAUGCGUGACUCGGUGCGUGACAACCUGCGUGCCGCAGCAGCAGUGUGCCACCAAGGCCGUGUCGCAGGAGCCCUGUGUGACCAAGUGCGUGCCACAGCAGCAGUGUGUGACCAAGUGUGCAACCCCCUGCGCCCCCCAGCAGCAGUGUGCCACCAAGUGCGUCCCCCAGCAGCAGUGUGCGACCAGGUGUGUCACCACGUGUGUCCCACAGCAGCCGUACCCGACCAAGGGCGUCCCACAGCAGCAGUGUGCCACCAAGUGCGUCCCGCAGCGGUGUGUGACCACGUAUGCCCCGCAGCAGCAGUGUGCCACCAGGUGCGUCACCACGUGCGUCCCGCAGCAGUGUGCCACCAAGUGUGUCUCGCACCAGUUUGUGACCUCUUGUGCCCCGCAGCCGUGUGCUACCACAUACAUCCCACAGCAAUGUGCAACCAGGUGUGUGACCAAGUGUGUCCCGCAGCAGUGUGAGACCAAGUGUGUCCCACAGCAGUGUGCCACCAAGUGUGUCCCACAGCAGUGUGCCACCAAGUGUGUGCCACAGCGGCGUGUGACGCCACAGCAGCGUGUGACCAAGUGUGUGCCACAGCCGUGUGCCACCAAGUGUGUCCCACAGCAGUGUGAGACCAAGUGUGUCCCACAGCCAUGUGCCACCAAGUGUGUCCCACAGCCAUGUGAGACCAAGUGUGUCCCGCAGCAGUGUGCCACCAAGUGUGUGCCGCAGCAGUGUGCCACCAAGUGUGUCCCGCAGCAGUGUGAGACCAAGUGUGUCCCGCAGCAGUGUGCCACCAAGUGUGUCCCACAGCAGUGUGUGACCAAGUGUGUGCCACAGCCAUGUGCCACCAAGUGUGUCCCACAGCAGUGUGCCACCAAGUGUGUCCCACAGCCAUGUGUUACCAAGUGCGUGCCACAGCAAUGUGUCACCACAUGUGUCCCGCAGCCUUGUGCCACCACGUGUGUCCCACAGCAGUGUCAGUCGGGUGGAGUAAAAAUCUCCAGCCACUCCAAGAAGUACUGCUCUGCGUCCAAAUGGCCCUGGUAA